AGGAUUUGUCCUGGGCGUAUACCUAUCGUGCUGGGGUUCCGUGUGGAAAGUUUACCGGCUCGGGUGCAAAGUUUCAACCGUCUGCAAACCAGAGCUCGUCGGCAGACUCAUCGAGGUGAAGCUGCCAUUGACUUCAGUAUUUUAGUCUGGCUGUUAAGAUAUAAUAUCUGAGAUUAAUUCCGCCAUUGACGUUUUUGGCUGACCGCGAGUGAUGCUGCUAUCGCCGGAUAACCGGAGAGUGUGAGAGCGCCUUCGUUGAUCGCAUUGUCUCAGGAAGCCAGCUAGCUUAUCGUUAGCUCGGAGUCCAACCCAAGAUUUCACAAGAAGACGCGUUUCUGAACGUCAACUGAAAACUUGAAUCGGCUACGAGGACCGAAAAUGGCUUGUGAACCGAACCGCGCUCGGCUGCUGUGUAUGCUCUCAUUGACUUUCGGUUUUUUUAUUGUGGAGGUGGUUGUCAGUCGGAUGACCGCCUCUCUGUCAAUGCUGUCGGACUCUUUUCAUAUGCUGUCGGACGUCAUCGCGCUGGUCGUGGCUCUCGUGGCCGUGCGCUUCGCCGAGAAAACCCACGCCACCAACAAAAACACGUUUGGGUGGAUCCGGGCGGAGGUGAUGGGGGCUCUGGUCAACGCCGUCUUCCUCACGGCGCUGUGCUUCACCAUCGUGCUGGAGGCGAUCGAGCGAUUCACCGAGCCGCACGUGAUCGAAAGCCCGGAGUUUGUGGCGGGGGUCGGCGCCGCGGGGCUCCUGAUCAACCUGCUCGGGCUCUGUUUGUUUCACGGACACGCCGGCGGAGGCCACGGGCACUCCCACGGUGGGCACUCCCACGGGAAUAAGAACAAGAGAGGAAAAAGCCUGAAGGCUGGGAAUGGUUCAUCAGGAGAGGAGACCAACAACUUGGUGGGAAAUCACAACAGCCCGGGUGAUGGAAGACCGAGAAAUGAGGUCAGCUGUAAAGACAGCACAGAGGUACAGAUGAAUGGGAACACCCACUUUGAGGAGGUGGACCAUAACCACACUUCGUCGUCGCAGCUCAACAUGCGCGGCGUCUUCCUGCACGUCAUGGGCGACGCCCUGGGCUCCGUCAUCGUGGUGGUGAAUGCCAUCAUAUUUACUUUCGUGUGGAAGCCCUGCAAAAAGGGUGAGAUGUGUGUGAACCCGUGUGUCAACAGCCACGCCGCAGACCACCAGCACGUCAACCACACCUUGAUCGACCUGCUGGAAGGUCCCGCGGUGUCGUCCGUGAAGACCGCCGGCCCCUGCUGGGUCCUCUACCUGGACCCCACGCUCUGCGUCAUCAUGGUGACCAUCCUGCUGUAUACGACCUACCCGCUGCUCAAAGAGUCGGCCCUCAUCCUGCUGCAGACCGUGCCCAAGCAGGUCAACAUGCACCGGCUCAACGAGCGGCUGCUGAGCCUGGACGGCGUCCUGGCCAUUCACGAGCUGCACAUCUGGCAGCUGGCCGGAAGCCGCAUCAUCGCCACGGCGCACAUCAAAUGCCACGACCCCACGUCCUACAUGGAGGUGGCCAAGCGCAUCAAAGACUUCUUCCACGACGAGGGCAUCCACGCCACCACCAUCCAGCCCGAGUUCGUCACGUUCAACUCCGAGUCUCGAGACUCUCUGUGCGAGCUCUCCUGCCGGACUCAGUGUGCCCCGAAGCUGUGCUGCGGCACGGGGGACAAACCCGGCUCGGACAAGAAGGCCGUCAGUGACUGCAAGGCCGCCGCUCCGGCCCUUGAGGUGAUCAGUGAGACGCCAGAUCAGGUUGCGGCCGUUCAGGUGCGCCCUCGGUCUGAGGCCGAGGUUACCAUCACCAGGGAGGUGGAGUCGUCUCUGUGAGAUGGAAGGGGCGGAGGAAUUUCUGAAGAGAAGCAGGAAAACUACCACUCUGGGCAAAUAUGUCACAGUCUUUUGCAGUAAGACGUAAUAAAUUUGAGCCAUCGUUGCCCCGAUGAGGAAAGAAAACUCCUUCAGCCUUUUUCGUUCUCUGUCACACGGCUGAAAGAUCCUCACCUCAUCUUCAUGCAGUCGAGCCUUAGCCUGUCUCCAUCUCUCCCUCCCCCUCCAUGUAUGCAUCUUCAGCCUCUCCUCUGCCGCUCGUUGUCCUCUCCUGUUGUUGUCUACGGCGGCGAUGCAUGUCGGGGUUCACUGACCUCCUCUCCUCCAGGACUGGAGCGAGGCCUGCAUGAGUGUCCCUCAAAAGCACCUAGUCGUCAUGUGUCAUCUCGUCCCGCGGUGUUUUCUGUGCCAAAGCUUCUCGCUAUGGGACUGAAGGGAUCGGAGACGCCCUGUACCCCAGACAGACAGACACACACACACACACACACACACAACACAUGCAAGUCACAAAAGGUUAUUUAGUUUGACCUGUGGGCCUCUUGGCAAUGAGUCUGCCCUUUCAUUAUUUGCGUAGGCUUUGACCUUCCGGUCCCAGGUGUAAUAGUAUUGUAUGGCAUAAUAAUUUAAGUAUUUAAGUUAUUAGAAAGGAUCUAUUUCUCUCUUAAGAUGCUGUUUAUAAUAUUUAGUUUGGAUGACAAUAUUUUUUUUCUUCUUCCUCUGUCGUUUGGCAGAGCAUCUAUGCUGUAGUAAAGGUUUUACAAAUGUGAUGUUUUUUUUUUUUGGUUUUUUUUUAUAAUACUUUUUAAUUUCCGGACUUUUCUCUGGCCUUGACUUAGCUUCAUUUGCAGUCACAAUUUGGAUACGCUUGUAUCAACAACUCUCUCACUUUGCCUUUUUUGAAUGGAAAAAGCCUGCUGUGGUAUGACGCCAAUUUCAAUAGAGAUCACGUAACAGAACCGCAGCCACCUAAUCCGAUGUUCAGAAGUCACACAUGUGAUGCCUUUGCAAGCCAGAGGGUUGGUUCUGUUAUGGAAAUGUGAGCACUGUAUACAUUUAGUGAAACACUAUUUUCUGUAUAAAUCUGGAAAGCCUCGUAACGACGGCGAUUUCUUGAUUUCUUUUUGUUGUUGUUGUUAAAAAAACAAAAAAAAAAACAAAACAAAAAAAAACCUCAUGAAUGUGUUCGGCACCU